AUGGUCGUUUUGGCUGCUUGUAUAUGUACCCAUGGCGGUAAAGCGCUCCUUUCCAGACUGUUUAGACAUAUCGAUAAAGACAGAAUCACCGCCCUCUUGGCCAAUUUCCCCGGCCUUCUUUCCCAGUCCGAUUCUCAAAACACCACCGUCGAAGACGAAUCCGUCAGAUACGUGUACCAGCCAUUGGAAGAGUUUUACGUUGUUGUAUUGACCAACAAACAGCUGAACAUUUUGCAAGACAUUGACACAAGCAUUGACGAGAAGGAAUUGCUUGAAAACGCUUUUGAAAUUUUAUCUGCUUUUGAUGAAAUCGCUACUUUGGGCUACAAGGAGAAGCUCACCUUGUCACAGGUGCAGACGUACUUGGAGAUGGACUCGCACGAAGAGAAGAUCCAGGAGAUCAUUGAGAGAAACAAGGAGUUGGAGGCCAUUGAAGAGCGCAGAAGACGUGCCAAGGAGAUCCAGCGUAAGGAGUUGGCUCGUAAGAAUAUGGAACAGCAACAGCUGGCGAUGUUUGGCUCUCAGUCUGCUGCCGCUGCUGCCGCUGCUGCUAAUAAUGUCACUUAUGGAUAUCCUACAAACAAUACACCAUCUUACGAUUCGCCUGCUCACGUCGAAACCGACUCUGGCAGAGGCACCAACGACUUGUUGUCGAGAAAAUUGGGUGCUGCCGGUGCCGCUGGUGGUGCUGGUUUGCAGUUGGGUAAGAAGGCUGGAAAGGUUGCUCAGCACGAUCCUCACUCCCAGCCAUUGCUCACCACCAACACGCCGUUUGCCGGUGGUUCUUUGGUUUCUGACCUUGUGAAGCCUGCUGGUAAGGAAUCUACUCCUGCUUCUGCUGCCUCUAGAGUUGCUGCUACUGCCUCUCCUGCUAUUCCUUCAGAAGCUGCUUCUGCCACUGCUUCGCCAGCUCCUCAGGGCGGAAAGCCACAAAAUGAGGGCAUCUUAAUCACAGUUUCUGAAAAGAUUACCGCAGACAUUUCUCGUGAAGGUUCUGUUGUUACUUCUGAAGUCAAGGGUGACUUGCAAUUGCGUAUCAACGACCCACUGCUUGCAAAGGCAAAGAUCCUAUUAAAAACUGGCUCCGGUCAGACAUUCCAGUACAAAACACAUCCUAAUGUCGACAGGGCAUUGUUCAAUAGCCAGAGCGUAAUCGGCUUGAAGGACAAGGCCAAGUCUUUCCCAAGCAACGAUCAGAGCUUGGGUGUGUUGCGUUGGAGAGCAUCUGAUAACAGUGGUGACAAUUUGGUGCCACUUUUGGUGACUGCUUGGGUUGGUGUAAACGACGGUGUUGCCGAUGUGACAUUGGAAUACGAAAUUCCAGAAAGCUACAUUUCCUCGCAUCCAACGCAAGAAAGCAUUGAUAAUGUGCAAAUUAUUGUACCUAUAGAUCUGGACGACGUGCAACUAAAAGACGAAUCGGGAGCGCUGGUGAGCUACACGAACACCGAGUCUGGCGUUGUGUUUGAAUUGUCGCUGAUCCCACUUAGCGACCCACUGGGCACUUUCGAGUUCUCGAUUCCAGCUGUGGACGAAGAUGCAUUGUUCCCAAUUCUGGUGGGUAUCGACAUUCACAGAACAGAAGGUGUUACGGAAGCAGAUGUUGCCUUUGGACAAGUGCAGGUGUUGGAUGUCACCACGGUGGAUGAGGACGAGGCUUCGUUGCCAUUCACUUUGCAUCUGAAUGUUGUUACUGAGCUGUACACGGUCCAGUAA